AUGUCAAGCGGUAGUUGUUCGGGGCCCGGCGUGUGCGGGGGUGCCCGACGCAGGCCCCCUCCACCGCCAGAGCCGGCCCUGUCUCUAGCUGCCGACCUUAGCGAGCUCAGUCUCGACCAGGGCUACCACACCCUCGCCGACUGCGGCCCACCGAGAAGAAGAAGGGAUAAUACUCUUAAUGAUGCCCUGUGGUUGAAGAUUUUGUCUUAUCUUGAGGUAUCAGACCUCUGCCGAAUGUCUCGAGUAUGUCGACGAUGGGCGAGGCUCACCACACGGCUGAUCACGAGGCCAGAAGCCUGGAAGAAGGUCAGAGCAGCAGGUCCCUUGGAGAUCGCAGCCAGAUGUGCUGGAGCGAGGGCAGGUCCUUGCGUUAAUUCUGUCAAGGAAUGGCGGUCAAAAAACUGUGCGGUAACAAUAGCAAGUGCCCAGCUGCUGGCGGCCACGUUCAGAAACCUGACGCACUUGGCUGUGACGGGAUCCAGUAGCAUGGACGCCAGAGCCAUGGCGCCCCUCAUCACAGACCUCACGGAUUUGAGGCAUAUAGACCUCACAGGUUGUCCAAACGUGGACUGGCCAGACUGGGCGUGGUUGGAGACGCGUCUGGCGACCCGAAGGCCUCCCGUGGAGUAUAUAGACCUCACAGACUGUGGGUCGGUGACGGACGCUGGACUCUGCGCGUUGCUGCACACAUGCCCUUCUCUGCAGUAUUUGUACCUUAGGAGAUGUACUCUAGUCACAGAUGCAGGCGUUCGGUGGAUCCCAUCGUACUGCGCGUUAAAAGAGCUCAGUGUGUCCGACUGUACAGGUGUCACGGACUUCGGGCUGUAUGAGCUGGCGAAACUAGGGCCGGCGCUGCGAUACCUUUCUGUCGCUAAGUGUACCCAGGUCUCAGACUCAGGUGUCAGAACCUUAGCACGGAGGUGUUACAAGCUCCGCUACCUAAAUGCUCGAGGAUGUGGCGCACUUGGAGACGACGGUGUGGAAGCCAUAGCCAGAGGUUGUUCUAGGCUUAGAGCCCUCGAUCUAGGCGCUACCGAUGUCUCCGAGGCUGGGUUACAGAUCCUAGCACGAUGUUGCCCAAACCUCAAAAAGCUGGCUUUACGAGGUUGCGAGCUGAUUGGAGACGAUGGUUUAGAAGCCGUUGCUUAUUACUGCAGAGGGCUGACCCAACUGAACAUCCAGGACACACCAGUGACGUUACGAGGGUACAGAGCGGUGAAGAAAUAUUGCAAGCGAUGUGUUAUUGAGCAUACCAACCCUGGAUUCUGUUGA